AAAACAAACAGGUGACGUAUUGUGAAAGAGGUGAGAUAUUUGGAAAUAUGCUUCGUUCUGCGUUCCGUGGAAAGCAAGCCACUGAUUCAAUUAAGAAUGAAAAUCGAGGAAAAACUUCUCAUGGAAGAUCGCACUCCUUCUUUCACCGCGAUGGAGGUCACGAAGAUGCUAAAAAUACGAAUGGUGAUCAUGAAAAUUUAAAUGCACUUGUCCCAGAAACAGUUGGUUGCAGUACGCAUGGUGAAGUACUAACCACAGAUUUCAGCCACGAGUUUCUCGAAUCCACCCACAGUAGCAGCUCCGAUAAGGAAAGCCUGAAUGAAGAAGAUGACUCGGCGAAACCUACGUUACACGAGAUUCAUGGAGGGAAGGGGAAUUGCGAUCAAAAGGUUACUCCGAAUAGAGGGGAAUUUUCAAGCUCCGAAAGAGAGAUUUACGAAACCCAGCUGGCUCAACUUCAAGAACAGCUUGUUAACACCAUGAUUGAUUAUCAGGACAUGAGUAAGUGAAAGAUCACGGAUUAAGGUUGAUAGAUCACUUAAACGUUGGAAAUCUUAGAGAGAAAGACCCAUGCAAAAGAUGGGAAUAAGGACGGGGGAAGGCGAGAGGGAGGGGGGGGGAGGUGUCGCAUAGUUAACAAGGGGGUUUGUAGCCACAGAAGCUAUUAUGCACCCUUUGAACAACCAAGGCGUGGGAUUUCUUGGUUUUCAGUCUCUUUUAUUGAGGAUAAUAUGGUAGCUAUGAUCAAUAAUUUCCAUAAGUUCCUUACGCUCACCACUUUCCACUUACAAAAAGAGAUUUGCUUCUUGAUGUGGAACAAUUGUUAUCAUAACAAACGUUUUUUGAAUUGUGACAUUUUUGGUUGGUAUUUUAAUACAAAAUCUGUCCAUCGGCAUCCCAUGAAAUUCUGAUGGUUUCAUUAUGAGGCAUUGACUAUAACAACUUUUUGAAGCUUUAUUGACUUAAAUAAUCACAUACUGUAUAAAUACAGUCAAUUGAAAAGUUAAUGCCGCUCUUUGUUUAAUAUAAGGUGUGCAACUGGAGAAACUGAAAGCUGUGGAUGUUCAGAAACUUCAGAAGGAAAUCCAAGAAGAAAGAGCUAAAAAUAAUGAACUAAGGGAGAAACUUAAACAGAAACAGAAAUCAUCCAGUUCAAAACUACAUAGGUAAGAUAUUUGGAAGUUCAUUUGAUGCAUAUUAAACUUACACAAGAGACAGGAAUAAUCCUAGUUCCUGGUAUCCAAGAAGUUCAUGAUGAAACAGUGCUCCUCAAGAUACAAGUAUAGAGUGAUAGAAAUUUUGGGAUGUCAUCUGUUUUCAGUUUAGGGAACUAAGCCUUUAUGAGAGCUUUAUAAUUUAAUAAUUAUGGAGCAAUUUCAAGGUAUUUCUUUAAUGUUUAUUUAUGUUUGGAAAUGAUCAUGCAACUUGUGUUAAAAUCCUUAAUUUAUUAUCAGUCUGCUGAUGUGAGGAAUUAUUUUUGAAAGAGUCGUUAAUAUACAGCUAAAUCAAAUUUACAUUUUUUUUAAAAGGUAUUUUUGUUUCCUUUAGAAGAGAUGUGUAGCAUAACUGCAAUACAAGCAAAAAAAGUUUUUUAUUGACUGACAAAACAUUUUGAAGUUAAUUGAUUGAAAAGUGUAUCAUAUAUAACUUGAACCUGCUUUUCUCUACUCAUCUCUUUAGGUUCAUGAGAUAUCUGAGAAAAGCUAUAUAUGUAGAAAAGCAAAGUUGAGAGUUACUGUAGCAUAAUAUUUUAUUGUUUUAAUUGUAACAACAAAUUUCAAUUGUAAGGAAAAAUGCAAGUAGAAUAGAUCCCAGAUCAAAAAGUGGUCAUCAGGGAACUGACCCAGAAAGAGACCAAGGUGAUGACUGGGUGUAUCUAGGAGGAGAGGAUGAGUCACAUACCCUAUCACAUGUCACAAAUGGCAGUCAAGGAACUCACCCAGAAGAAAAUCAGGAAUCAUUUGAAGUGCUUGACAGCAGCCAUGCAAGAGAUCAGUUAGAGGAACAAGCAGCUGUUGAAUCUGGUAAGGAGACCAAGCUCAUGUCAGAAGAAUCACUCAUGCUUUUGAAGGGUUUUUUUUAAUUGUGUGAGUGUGUGCCAAAACCUUAUAUUGUAUAAAAUCUUAGAUUUCAAGUGACUUACACACAUUCAUAAAUCAUUUCUCCUUUUUUAAAGUUGAUGGAGAUGGUCAAAAAGUGCAACAAUUUAAGACAAAACUGGAAAUGUGGAAAGCAAAAGUCAUUGACAUUGUGAGUUGAAAGUGUAUUAUAAUUUUGUCAUGUAUUAAUUUUUACAUCAGCCUUGAUAGUGGGUGAGGCAUACUUAAUGCAUCUUCUUUCCUUCACACUGCUGAUGACCCAUACUUUGUUAUCUUCUUAACUUUCUCUGCAGCCCUUAUUCUUUCUUUCUGACUAAUUUCACUAGUUUGUGUUUGUGGAAGUUGCAGUGGCUUAUAAUUAUUUAGUGACCAGUUUCAAGUCCUGUCAGACUCACCAUGUUUUUCUGAGCAAGACAUUGCCCCCUUACAGUACCUCUCUCUGCCCAGGGUAUGAACAGAAUUCUAAAGCAAUUGCUUUAGGCCCUCUCAGUGAUGGACUGACAUCUUUUCUUCUUAUGAAGGGGAUCAAGUUGCAAUUCCCCUAAACAUUCAAUUUACUCUCACUAUUUUUUGUGAUAAUUAGUUGGGAGACAGACUGUGGGAUUUCGUUAAUGAUGAACCUGAAGACACCGAUGAGGAGGAUGGUGAGGGUGAUCCCUUGGCCAUCAAAACGUAAGUUGCCCAUAGAUAUGACUUAAUUGGUUGUUAUUAAGUCCAUACCCCAUACAUAAGAGUGACUAGCAUUUAAUUUCUCCGAACAGUAUCACCCCUGAGUAACACAUUAAGGUCAUGAGAUUAAAGGAAAUGAUUGCAAACUCUAGAAACUUUUAAUUGAUAGACAAAUUCUCCUCGUAAGUAACAUAGGAAAAGUAUAAAGAACAGUAAGGAGAACUUGCAUACUGAUGUUAUGGUUAAAAGACUCAAUCUUGUUUAGAGUGCUGUUGCAGAAUUGAUGAUCGAUUAGGGAACAUUUUUUGUGUGACCCACAUUAUCCCUGACUCUCCAAGUAUUUUUUCUUUUCUAGACUCAAGGAAAACAUCAAUAGAUUCAGUAAGUAUCCACUAUUUAUUAAGAGUGUUUGUUAUUUGCCUUUACUGAAGUUACAUACUUUUGAUUUAACCCUUUUAAUGCAAAGAAUUCAUUUGUUAAUAUUUAUUAAACAAUUCUCUCCAGAAAUGACUAGCUAUCUAGUAUAUUCCCUUGAAAGUUACAUGAAGGCAGGAAAAUUACUUGAAAUAUAUUUUUUUCCGCAAAGGUACUGGAAUUAAACCUAUAACAGGUUUUAUCAAGUCUGUUGGGAAGGUGCUCACAUGGUCAAAUCCCACGGCAUCUUUUUUGAUAUUUGUGGUAAGUACAGUUUUUGAUUCCAUCUAAUGUCUUGAACAAGCUAUGCAUGAAAUUCUGUACAUGAUAUUAUAUGUUUGAGAAGUUUUGUUUUGUUUCAUGUUACAGGUAUACAUGUAUUCUGUUUGGUACGGAUAUCUUCUUUCUUUAAUCCUUUUUACCAUGAUCUGGAAGCUAUUUAUGAAUUAUCUCCAUGCCAAGUGAGUUUCACUUACAAAGUACAUUUUCUCUAUCAGUAUUUACUUUGUAUUUAAGUAUUACAUAUACAUUGUUAUGAAGUCAGUUUUAUUUUUACCAAUUAACUUCCCAGAAAAUUGUGUGAUGAAUUGGAUAUGAUGUUUUGCAAUCUUUGCUGUCUUUCCACCAAUUUUAUUGUACUGACCUGUCAAUGGUUAUAUUUUCAGAGGCAUUGCCAGAUAUUUGGGAUUCACAGAUGAAUUAAAAGAAGAGGUAUAUUUUUAAUGGGAUUGUGAUAUACAGUAGCUGACAGUGGUUAGGUCUAAAUUUCAGUGUAAAAUGCAAAAGAGCUGUGGGUGAUUUUGUGAAGUAUGACUGAGGUUAAAUGCAGAAAUAUUAGGAAUAGCUGGCCAAAGUUUCUCUUAAUUUAGAGUCAGUGACUAUUUUUUCUUUUAGUGCUCAGUCGAGUUUAACUACUGACAACCACCUUAAAUAUUAAUUAAGUGAACAAAAUAUUCUGGUGGAGGAAGAGCAAGGUGGUUUAAAAGCCAAGUUAUUGGGCUGAAUCUCUUUUUUAUUUUUUGUGAACUUGAUUAAUUGUUAGGCAGUUGCAUCAGAAGAUCACAGUUGGUCAGACAAAUUUCAGCUGGUUUUGCAAGUGGCAAGGAAAGUACAAGUGAGUUUUACAAUGGUUGCACUGAUGGCCACUGACUUUUCAUAACUGUAUCUUCUCACAUUUUUUGCUUUGAGAGUUUACUUUUAUAUGCUAAUGAAGUGACAGAUUCUGUUGAAGUUGGAACUCUAAACUUAUUGGCUUUAUGUCAGUGCAUUUUAAACACUGAGGUGGUGAAUGAGGUAGAGGAGGGUAAUUAAUUCAAGAAGUCUACCCUUGUAAUGAAGUUAAUGCAAGUUCACCUAAAAAAUACUAACUGUAUGGAAAUAGGCCAUUUUACAGUUAUGUACUUAGUUGCCAGGCCUUUGAUUUGGAGUGAGGCUGAAGGUGACCUUGUUGUGAUAGAGACCUGUAUCUAGUUAGCAUGAUAACAAAGUAAUUUGCAUUUGAAAAGCAGCAAGGUUUGUAUCAUCACAAGGUCACCCUUAGCCUCAUUCCUGUUCAAAGGCUUGGCAACCAAGCACACAACUGUAAAAUGGACUAUUGGCGAACAUUUUAUAACAAUUUAAAAUUGAGAGUCAAAGGCAAUCCAGGAUUAUAAUCAUUUCAUUCACAAUUAGUGCUCUAUGAUUGAUCAAGUAAUCUGGCGUCAAAAACUAAACAGUUGUUGCUUGGUUACUAUGACUUUUCUUCCUUGUAAGCCACCUCAGAGUUUUCUACCCAUGAGCCCCUUCUGAUGCUCGCUUUGUUCUGACUGGCUGUUGUGAAAUGGGCUCAGUUCUGUAUGUGGUUAGUUUCACUCUUGUUUCCUUCCAAUCAGCAUUUUUUAAUUUUAAAAGGUUCUACCUCUUCAUCUUCACCCCCUAUCUUUUCCCAUCAUGCCUUUCACCUCCAACCGGUCAGCUCUGACACAGUGUUGAACAUUACAUGAAGUUAAAAGAUUGAUAAGUUUAUUGUCUCUCUUAGAACACACUCGGAAAAAUGGCAAACUCUCUGGAAAAAAUAAAGAAGUGAGUUAAGUGUUGUUGCUACAUGUAGUGAUUUGUGAAUCCAUUUCAUAUAUAACUUUGUUAUUGCCAAUCUUUGAUGACUGCAUGACUUUUAAGCUCAGUUGCAAAUUGACCUAGGAUACCCAAAUUUGUUGGGCUCAUCAAAACUUGCUAGAUACAGGCCUCAUUUUCAAAUAGCAGUAAAAUUGACAGAGAACCAGCAGUGAGAUGUGCGGUAUUAAUUUUUUUUGUAGCUUAUUAACUUGGCAACAUCCUGUGGCAACAAGGAAGCUCUUUACAGUACUCAAUAUCGCAUUUGUGGCGUCUUUAGGGCUCAGGGGACCUACUUUGUUCACGUUGUUAGGUAACACGCUGUUUCGUAAAUUUUGCUAACACCUUAGUUCCUUCAUAGCUGCAUACUUUCUCAGGUCUUUUUUCAGAAUGAUUUUCUUUCAAUUUGCUGUAAAAUCAAAACCAAAGUAAUCACAUAGACCAAUCAUUGGAAAGGAACUUCUACAAUUUAGCUAAGGAUAGCUCAAACAAAAGGACUUAUUUUUAUAGGCACUGUGAGAAUAAAUUGUCUUGCGUGACUUGUCCAGGGCUUGAACACAGCCAGUUUUGUCAACAGUAAGAAAUGCAGGCAUUUAGUACUUUUCACCUGUGGUAAAUUCAUGAAUUUGUUUCUAUUGACUAAAUUGAUAUUUUUUAGGGUUGUCUUUUGGAGUAAAGCUGUUUAUAGUGAAUCCCAUAUAUCAUCGCUUUCCAAAGGUAACAUUUUGCUCUUUUCGUUGUUUCAUCUUUGACAAUAUACAUACCUUAAACCUUUAUACAGUUACAUCAAUACACAUAUUCACCUUAAACCUUUAUACAGUUACAUCAAUACAUAUAUUCACCUUAAACCUUUAUACAGUUACAUCAAUACACAUAUUCACCUUAAAUCUUUAUACAGUUACAUCAAUACAUAUAUUCACCUUAAACCUUUAUACAGUUACAUCAAUACAUAUAUUCACCUUAAACCUUUAUACAGUUACAUCAAUACAUAUAUUCACCUUAAACCUUUAUACAGUUACAUCAAUACACAUAUUCACCUAAACCUUUAUACAGUUACAUCAAUACACAUAUUCACCUUAAACCUUUAUACAGUUACAUCAAUACACAUAUUCACCUAAACCUUUAUACAGUUACAUCAAUACACAUAUUCACCUUAAACCUUUAUACAGUUACAUCAAUACACAUAUUCACCUAAACCUUUAUACAGUUACAUCAAUACACAUAUUCACCUUAAACCUUUAUACAGUUACAUCAAUACAUAUAUUCUCCAUACUGUUCUCCAUACAUAUCCUGAGGCACUAAAUAUUAGGAGAAUUUGUGUAACAAUCAAGAGCUUCUUUAUUUGUUGAUCAUUUCCUUUAUCCUCGUAACCUUAAUUUGUGAUUCAGGGGUGAUGUAGUGAGGAGAAAUUCGAUGCUAGUCACUCUGGGGGGUCCUUAAACUGAAGCAAUAAGCUGAUGGUAAGACUCACUUGCAAGCCAUUUCUGUAACUCUGUGACUUGAUAUUUUGGAAACAGGUUAAGAAGCGAUAUGAUGGUACUGCCAAGUUAUGGGAAGAACUACCAACUGAGGCAGACCUGGUUGCGUCGCGAUAUUCAGUGGAUGGAAAUCAGGAGGUACUUAUGAUCAGUUUGAUAUUUAUGCAUGUUACUCGUAGUCAACCCAUUUUUUUUUUUGGUAAUCUGAAAGGCUGGUGUAAGUUCAGUUCGUCAGCCGGUAUAUAUAUGUGCCAGAAGAGAUCCUAGAUGGGAUUGGCGGGAUCCCGCCUAAAUCCCGGCUGCCUUUUUACCUGGGUAUACUAGAAAAAUGCGUUAUCGGCCAAGCUUGAGCUCGGAAUUCCUGGUUUUUGGCUGACUUAUUUUUAGCAUUUUUAUGGACCAAAACCCUCUGGUAUUUUGUGUUCAAGACUGAACAUAGCGGGAAAUCUCAGCCCGUUUUGCCCGCCUGGAAGCCAAGAAGAAUGGUGCUUUCCUGUUGUUAAGUCGCAGAGGCAUCCACCUAACAUGUCACCUUAAGUAAUAGAUCUAACUUGCUCAGAUCUUAGGGCGCUCUACGUCGGCGACUUCUUCGUCAUCGCCAAGUAGCAGUUCAUCGCACCACCAAAUAGGUCCUCAUUCAAAUCCAGUGGCCGAGAAAUUUAGAUUGCCAUCAAGUGAAAUCGUUUUGCCAGGUGAGGAUCUUGUUUUUUGCUUUGUGCUAUCAAUUAGCUUAAAACUGGUCUUAAAAUUUUUUAUAAACAACGAUUGUAGAGCAGACCUUAAAAAAACAAAAAGGCGCUACCAUGUGGUGCGAUCAAGAAUACAAAGAUUGGUCCUCGCCCCUUUUCAAUGUUGUUCCUGCAAUUUUAGCCCAAUGCUUUGUAACGGUAGCAUCUUGAAUUAGGGUGUAGGGGUAAUCGAACUCAUGAUCAGGAGUUCAUACAGGCACCAUUUUAGCCCAGAGUGCCAGACCCCUGGCAAACCUUUUCCCAGCAUAUGUCAAACCUCCCCGCAAGUGGAGAAACGUGCGUCCUUCAACGCCAAUAACGAGGACGUGGUUGUAAACUACGUACUGCCAUGCACAAAUGAGAUGAAGGGCUCAAGCCUUAGACUGAACUUCGACAUAGGAGUUACCAGUUACGAAAAUUGCGGUUCAGAGAAUUUCUUUUGACAAUUGCUCAUGAAUUUUUUCUUUCUGCGUUUUUCUAGGUUGGGAAGAAGGUAAAAGAUGUGCUUUGCUUGAUAAAGACAAACCGUUCUCAAGUGUUAAACAUGGAAAAUUGUUUCUGACUCAAAGGUAAACAAAUAAAAAAAAUAGCUUGUGGAUUGCCAUGUCUUGUUGUAUCAUUAUUAUACAAGAUUUACUGAUGUGUUUCUAAACCCUUUCUCGUUACAGUUAUUUAUGCUUUGAGAAGACCAGAUCAUCAAGUGGAAAGCAUAUCGUUAUUAAGCUGGAUACUAUCAUCAGUUUAAGUAAAGUACGUGGGAGGUGGAGCAAGAAACAAAUUUAAUUAUUAAUUAACUGAUCAGCAAAUCAUCCAAUUAACUAAUCAACCGGUGACUGUGAAAUAUAGGAAAGUGUUCGCUUGUAGAUCACGUGGCUCCAUGGUAUGCUCACCUUUAAGGUGGGCGACCUUGUGUGCAUCUGAAUUCGACCCCCCCCCCUUUUUCCGGCAAGGAAAAUGCUAAUGAAACGACCAGGUGCGCCUCCAAAGGCCUGCGAGAUGCUGACUUCCUCCCUCCCCUCCCAUGAAAAAACCCCUCCGACGCUCCCUUCGAAUUCUGCGCAAUACUCUUAGAAGACCAGUAUCUGUUUAACCGCAGUUAAUGUCGUUGACCGGCUGAUGUAAUGCCUAAGUAACUACAAUAAAUUUCUGAUAUUUCACUGUAUGGCCUUUUACAUGCACAUCUUUGUAUGGUUUACCCUCAAUCAUGAUAUCAUGUCACCUUCAAUAUGUUGUUGAUGUUAUUCAGGCAAAGCCAAUAGCAAUUAUGCCUGGAACAGGAAUGGCCUUAGAAGUUAACGUUAGAGGUCUUGAUAAAGUAAGUGGAUAUAAAGAAGAACUUUGCCUUAUUAAAUUUUAUCAGUUUCAAGCUUUAAAGAUUUUAUUCAAAACUGGCCUAAAUGCUUUGGAGUAGAAUUUCCCUCCUGGCUACGUCAACGUGUACCGUCUAUUUACCUCAGCUGAUUCGAUUAUGUUGGGACUGCUUUUUCACGUUCUUCAUUCUUUUAUCAAAGCGGCAAGGUUUUAUAACAUUAGAGAGCGUAAGGAAAACUGCACCGUACAUUUGCUAAUUAAUCUCAAGAAGACUGAAAACAUCUUUUGUUCUUUAAUACCAGUAUUUUUUUACUGAUGGAAGCUUUUUUGAUUUCUAGCCUUAUAUUUUCGGUGGAAUCAUUGGAAGAGAUGAUGUAUUUGAAAGUAUAAGAGCCACAGGAAGGACAGGAAAUUUUCCCUGGGUGUAAAUGGCGCCAUCAACACUUUGACAUGGAAUCGAGAAUAGAUAUGGCCCAGACUCUUGCAUACGGCAGGGUCUUCUUCAGUUUCAAAAAUUGGUGGGAAAAAAUCUAUCAAUGGAGAAAUACGAAUAUAUAUACAGUGUUAAAAGGAAAUACUAAGUUAUACAUGGUGACAAUGAUAAGAUGAGCUUAC